UUAUUGUUAUUUUUAAGUUUUAGAGGUAAAGUUUAUCCGAUUCGUUCGUUUUCUGCUGUCGUGGGCAACGUUAACAGAUCAUUAUCAUCGACGAAAGUUUCGUUUUCGUCAAUAAUUAUUCAUAAAGAAUAUAAAUCUUUCAGAGUAAAAAAUGAUAUUGCUUUAUGUAAAUUGUCGACACCUUUACAAUUUGAUGAAAAUACUCAAGCAGUUUGUAUUCCGAAUACAAAUCAAGAUUUUGUAGGAAAGAUGGCAUUAGCCAUGGGAUGGGGAAAUACACGAAGAAUAAAUAAUCGCAUACCAGAACUGUUACAAGUAGUAAAAGUGGACAUUUCUUCUCAUCGUUGGUGCAGUUUCAUUUAUUGGGUGGCUGGUUUGGGCACUAUUUAUCUCUCAAAAAAUCAAUUAUGUGCGGGAAGUUUAAUGGUCGGAGUAUGCAAUGGAGAUUCGGGAGGUCCUCUUAUUCUCGAUGAAGGUGAUCGAAAUAUAACUGUUGGUAUCACUUCUUUCGGAACUUGGGCAGGAUGCGCUCCAUUAGGUAUACCCGCUGUUUAUACAGCUAUUAAUCGUUAUGUAAAAUGGAUUAAAGAUAACGUAGAUGAAGAUUUUUGCAUUGUAGAUUUGGACUGAAUUGACGAUAUAUAUACAGUUUAAAAAGAAUCAUUUAUGUAAAUAUUUCAUUACAUUUUUUUUUAUAAA